AUGACUGCUGCUCGACGAAAAGGAGCGGAAUGCGAAGGUGUCGCCUGUGAGCAUGCACUGGGACAGCAGCCAUUGCGACUGUAUGAGUAUCUUUGGUCCAAUGCGAAUCCUGACGAUGAAGACAGCGGCAAGCAGGCGUUCUCACUCAUGCUCACGGACACGGUGGUAUUCAAGCGACAGAAGCCCGUUAAAUGGUUCUUCACGUCCAAGCAGGAGCGGGGCAAGAUUUUGUGCAAGACCAAGAGGUUCUUGACCACUUCUCGAGUGCUGCAAGAGUUUCUGGUACCGCGAUGGGUUUCGAACUCACUACCUAAGCUGGACAACGGUAAACAGAUACUUGCAACUUUCUCCUACUUAGAGCGAUCAUCUGCGUUUGGCGAGAUGCAGAUGAUUAUCGAGCACCUGGACAAGGCGGAGCUAGAACAUUUGCUUGAAAAGCGAGACAAGCCUGGACUUAGCGUCUUGCAGCGGUUUAUCCCAACCCAGUCAGGAUACAACCACACGGUUCGAUCGGACUGGUCGGCGGAUAGCUGCACGGUUCAAAAGUGCAUUAGUCCGUUUUUGCUGAGCGACACGAAGAUUUCUAUAGCACAACGCACGGCCACAUUCGAGGUCGAUGAUUCUUUACUUCGCCAUCGCGAUGUGACGGACAAGGAAGUACGGAAAUCUAUUGAGAGGAUCAACGCGGAAAUGAGGACCCACCUGGAAGCCAUCGUAGGGAAAAAGAUGGUUCGCUUUGUCAGCUACUUUAAGGUAAUCAACUUGCUACUUUGCGCUUGUAUUAAUUAA